UGUUACUUCACGUAGGCGUUUUGUCAGGUUAAUAAAAUUAAUUUAAUAAUUUGUUAGCUUAUUUUGAGUGCAAAGUGGUAAUUAUCCUACAUUUUAUUUAAUGAUUAUCGUCAGAAUACCAGUUUAAACUAAAAACUUCACUUACAACUUUAAACUUACGCCGUUACAAUGACCGACGAAAGACUGCACAUAGAUUGGGGAAACGACAAAUUGUAUAGAACUCAAAAGCAAGUUGAGAAGAAUCCUUAUGACUUGGAGUCAUGGUCCAUUCUUCUCAGAGAAUCACAAACAAAACAUAUUUCCGAAGUGAGACCGCUUUAUGAGCACUUAAUUUUGAUAUUUCCGAGUGCCUCAAGAUACUGGAGAAUUUAUAUUGAGCACGAGAUGAAAUCGAGAAACUUUGAGAAGGUGGAAAAGCUCUUUCAAAGGUGUUUAAUGAAGAUUUUGAACAUUGAACUGUGGAAAUUGUAUUUAACAUAUGUGAAAGAAACCAAAGCAUCUUUACCCACAUAUAAAGAGAAAAUGGCACAAGCAUAUGAUUUUGCACUUGACAAAAUUGGAAUGGAUAUUCAUUCUUAUUCAAUUUGGAAUGAUUAUGUUAACUUUUUGAAGAGUGUAGAAGCUGUGGGAUCGUACGCUGAGAACCAAAAAAUUUCUGCUGUCCGAAAGGUUUAUCAAAGGGGUAUUAUUAACCCUAUGGUCGGCAUGGAGACGUUUUGGAAGGACUACAUAUCUUUUGAACAGGCAAUAAAUCCCAUAAUAGCUGAAAAAAUGUCUAUAGAACGUAGCAGAGACUAUAUGAACGCCCGCAGAGUAGCCAAGGAAUUAGAGGUUCAAAUACGGGGUAUAAAUAGAAAUGCUCCCAGCGUACCUCCCACAGGAACAGCCGAAGAACAAAAACAAGUUGAGUUGUGGCAGAAGUACAUCGCUUGGGAGAAGAGCAAUCCCCUGAGGACCGAAGACACCGCCCUGUUGACGAAGAGGGUCGUUUUUGCCUUCGAGCAAUGUCUUUUGUGUCUCGGACACCAUCCAGACGUCUGGUACCAGGCUGCGCAGUUUUUGGAGUACAGCUGCAAAGUAUUACAAGAAAAAGGAGAUGUGAAUGCGUCGAAAUUAUUCAGCGAAGAGGCUGCCAAUAUGUUCGAAAGAGCUACGAGUAGUUUAUUGAGUAAAAAUAUGCUUUUAUAUUUCGCGUACGCGGAUUACGAAGAGGGCAGACUUAAAUAUGACAAAGUUCAUCAAAUUUAUCAAAAAUAUUUAGAAAUCAAAGAUAUUGAUCCCACUCUGGCCUAUGUGCAGUACAUGAAAUUUGCACGGAGGGCUGAAGGCAUCAAAUCGGCGCGGAACGUCUUUAAAAGGGCCAGAGAAGACGUCAGAUCGAAAUAUCACGUUUUCGUUUGCGCAGCACUAAUGGAAUACUAUUGUAGCAAAGACAAGAACAUCGCCUUUCGUAUUUUCGAAUUGGGACUGAAAAAAUUCAGCGACAAUCCGGAUUAUAUCACUUGUUACAUAGAUUACCUGUCCCAUUUGAAUGAGGACAACAAUACGAGGGUACUUUUCGAAAGGGUGCUGUCCUCUGGUAGUCUAGAACCUGCAAAAUCAGUAGACAUUUGGAAUAAGUUUUUGGAGUUUGAAAGUAACAUAGGGGAUUUACACAGUAUUGUCAAAGUGGAGAGACGAAGGGCUGAAGUUCUGAACAAAAUAAAAGAGUUCGAGGGUAAAGAGACCGCUCAACUGGUCGACAGGUAUCGCUUUCUGGACUUGUACCCGUGCACAGCUGCUGAACUCAAGAGUAUAGGAUAUACCGAGGUUGUAACCAUCACUGGGGCCGGCAGAAAUCACGUACUACAGCAGUUUAUAAAUUAUGAUGAAGAUAAUGCCAUUCCGAAGCCUGACACAGCCCACAUGAUUCCAUACAAGCCAAAAUCGAACCCGUUACCCGGAGAGCACCCUAUACCUGGUGGUUCGUUUCCAAUGCCUCCUUCAGCAGCCCACCUGUGCACCAUGUUACCGCCCCCGUCAUGCUUUAGAGGACCGUUCGUUAACAUUGAUCAAAUGAUCGAGAUAUUUAAUAGAGUCCAACUGCCAGAAAUGAGUAAGUGGUACAGAAAGCGCUCUCAACACGGUCACUUACACUUUGCUUUUUUUCCAGUUCCCACGUCUGCAGAAAACGGUGGAGAUUUGCGUUUGUUCGACAUAGCAAAAUCGGUCCAUUGGGUGGUAGAUGAAGCUCAAGGGGGCAUUAUAAAGAGAAGGAAGAGAGUAGCGCUCGCAUUAGACGCUUCUGACGAUGAAGACAUGAUACUGCCGCCAGUCAACGAUAUUUACAGGCAGAGGCAACAGCGACGUGUUAAAUAA